AUGUCGGACAAGGGGGAACCUCCCCCAACACGCCGUAAACCACCUGAUAGGCGUCAGGGAGUACUCGACAGGCCCCUCAUGGAGCGAGACCUCUUCGUUCCUGAGAGAUCUAGAGUGCUCCCACCUUACAGCCAACUCCCGAGGCGAAUAGGCAGUAUACCGGCGCCCGGCGCCGCGCUCGGCGCAGGUGAAGUUGUGUCUUCACCGAGCGCAGAACUGGCUCCAUUACCACGCCGGAGCCUAGCCUCGCGGAGACGUACACCUCCCGAGAUAGAACAAGACCAGCUGCAAGAGGAGAAAAGGCUGAGAGCCGGAUCAGACUCACUAUCUGAUUCGGCAUCGCCUUCUGCCUCUGCCACACCACCUGAGAUACAAGCCCCACAACCUGUGGUAAGACAUAACAGACCGCCUAACUCACCGUCUCCAACCACCUCUCCGGCCUGCACCGCUGACAUGCAGGAUUUCGGUGAGGAAGACCCGGAAGGAGAGAGAGAGUGGGACAAUACGUCCUACGCCACUCUAGCCCCAAUUCAAGACUCCCAACCUGUAAACCAGGAGCCCAUACCUGGUCCAUCUUCAGCGCCAGACUCUUAUGCGCAAAUUGCAGCAGCGCCGAGGCUGCUGCGAAAGGGAAAUUAUGCAGAGCGUGUGGGUGCCGGCGCUCCGGUGUACCUGGCCGCAGUCAUGGAGUACCUCGCCGCUGAAGUUCUAGAGUUGGCCGGUAACGCUGCUCGGGACAAUAAGAAGACCAGAAUCAUACCGAGACAUCUUCAGCUUGCCAUCCGCAACGAUGAAGAGUUGAACAAGCUCCUCUCCGGUGUGACGAUCGCCCAGGGCGGUGUACUACCCAACAUUCAGGCGGUCCUUCUUCCCAAGAAGACCGAGAAGAAGGCCUAA